AUGAAUUCGGGAAACCCGAACUCACCAUGGUGUUAUCAGGACACUGAGUGUCUGCGCAGGCAUGAAGUGUGCUUAGACAACGAGUGCGUGUGUCAGCCCGACAAAUACAAGUGGGACACCGACCAAAGUGAAUGUCGGCCAUUCAACUGCACUCAAGACUCGGAUUGCGGUCAACAUAUGGAGUGUACAACCAUUAACACUGUGGACCGCGUCUGUCGCUGUACUGGUAAUUUCCCCCCCGAUUAUCGUAAUGGCGGUAAAUGCGUGUUCACCGAUGACAAUCAUAACCAGGUGUGUUCGGGUGCCAGAAAUGAUUGCGACCGUAGUGUUCAGAUCUGUUCAUUCGGACGGUGCAAGUGUUUGCCAAACUUUCGUUAUGUCCCAUACGAGACAUACCUUCGCGUCUCAGAGUGCGAACGGUUUGAAUGCGAUGUCGACCGCGACUGUCAGGCCUACGAUCCCAACCGUGUAUGCAAUCAGACAAAUGGCAAAUGUGUUUGUCGUAUGGGUACUGUUGAAAUGAGGACGUCACAAUUUGAACGCAAAAUGUUUGGCAAACGCUUUAUAAACGUAUCGGUGAAGGGCUUGAGUCCCGGCUCUCAAGACUUUAAGAUCUUUAUGGCCGCACACGAGAAGACAUUACUGGAUCUGAAGCGCCAACUCAUGAGUAACGGCCUCUUCAGCGACGAGAAGUGCUUUUUGGUGAUCUGUGGACAACAGUAUCGAUACGUAUUGAACGACGACUGUCUCAUAGAGUGGAUCAAAGCGGAUGAUGUCGUCGAAGUGCACGACAGGGCCUAUUGUCACCCAACGGAUCCGUUCGCACCUCAAAAAGACGAUAAAAAUGCGGACAAAAAGUGGUCAGAAAUGAGCGCCGAAAACGAAACGCUGAGAAAAGAGUUGCUUUCGAUGCGAGAGUCGAUGGCAUUGAAGGACAGGGAAGUGUUGGCGCUGAGAGCCAAGUGCUACGUAAGUGUCAUGUGUCAGCUCGCGAUGGAUAGGCGUGAAGCGGCGCUCAGGGAUCAGAUGGCGGACCUUCGGGUGUGGACGCAGCGCAAGGAUUGUCAGCUGAACGCCUAUAAGGAAGCGUUGGUUGACAUGAAGGCCACGAUCGAGACGAUGGCUCAGGAGGACAGACAUCGCAAUGAGUUGAAGGAUGAAAUGGCUCACAACGGGUCGCCGUCACCGCCCGGUUCCCGACGGUUCAGCGCCGCCGACUCUCAGGCCAUAGACGUAGGCGUUAUCACUGAACUCCUGAGUGAAUGCAAAAUAAUUACCACUCUUUUGAAUGGUAUGAAUGGCGAAGAAGAGGAUAAGGCGGUGACCACUCUCGAGGAGAUCAGAUCCGUUAUCGAUAGCGAUAACGAAGACAUGGAUUAGUUUAUUGUGAAGAUAAUUAUAUGACCAUUCAAUCACUU